AUGGAUCACCGGAAAUCGGAGCACGGGUUGUCAGAUCUCUUCACCAUCACGAAGCUCUCCUUUAAUGCCAAUUUCUCCACCUCCUUCUUGAGGUUAAUGGCGUCAGAUGAGCCGGUGAAGGAGGAUUUAGGGUUUUGGUCUCAUCAUCGUCUCAAUAAAUUCUGGAGGCCCAAGCUAAAGGAACUGGUUUUCACUAAAACGAUCAACGGAGUGAAGGACAACGAUGAGGAGCUUGCAAUCAUUGACCUUGAUGCUUCUGGCCUCCCCCUUGUUUCCAUUGUACAAAAGCCGUGUUUUCUUCAUAGCCGUUGGCAAGUAUUCCAAGGCGAUAACACAAAUGAAAAUAACCUCUUGUUUACAAUCAAAAAGAGGCGCGUGCUUCUUGCGGUCAACACUGAGGAAGUAGAAUGGGAUUUCAAGAUCACAGAAGAAUACAGGAAGAGAUCAAUACAGGUGGUUCAUGAGAGAGAUCCAACCUUUGCAAUAGCUGAGAUGAGCCAGCAUCAUAGGGUGAAGAAGGUGAGACUGGCUAAUGAUGCAUUCGGGGUGACUAUCAAUCCAAACAUGGAUUAUGCCUUCAUUGUCUCACUGUUUUGCAUACUUCAUCUGAAGCAACUAAAACAAGAUACACGCCAGAGACAUGUAAAUGAAUUUGCAGAAAUAGCUGCAGAUUUAGCAACGACCCUAAUAUCAGUUGCAGUCAAAGUGGCAGGGUUGCCAGCGUCAUAAUACAGGAAGAACCAAGAACAAGAGCAAGAUGAAGAAGAAGCAGAUCAAGAGCAAGAGAAUGAAACAGAUAAGAUCUUGUAUGUACAUAUAUAAUGGGUGCUUUUAGUACU